UCUCGAGCGCGUCAUCGUCCGUCGUGUCCCUCUCGGUUCCUCUGAAAGCCUUCUGGGCAACGUUAAUCCCCACUCAAAGGCAGCCUCCAGCGUGAGUCAGCACGGCAUGACCUGAGUCUGACCCCUCCUUCCCCAAUACACGUAUAUGAACGCUCCAUUAGGCUCUGCGCUGGAGAACGCUCGCUCACUGGCGGUCUGACCACUGAUCCAGCUACAUCGACUUCAUACUCCGAGAGAAAAAGGACGCAACGAUGAAGGUCGCAAUUGCGAGCGCCUUGGUGCUUAGUGUGCUCGGCCUGGUGCACGGACACACUUACCACUUGGGAGUCACUUGUCCCAACGUCGAGCCGGUGCCCAACUUCAACCUUGACAAGUUCAUGGGUCUCUGGUAUGUGAUCCAAAAGUCCUCCACCGCCAGCAAUUGCCUGGUGAACAACUACACGCGCACCGAUGAUGGCGAAAUUCGCUUAGAGCAGAAUAGCGAACAUUUCCUGCUCGGUUUGGGCAGCGUGGACCACGUUUACCGAUACACCGGCAUCCUCAAGCAGCCUGACAGAUACAAUCCUGCUGCUAUGAGGGUCAAAUUCCCACUCAGCAUUGCUGGUGAUGCUUCUUAUAUUGUUUUCGACACCGAUUACGACACCUACGCUGCCGUCUUCACUUGCCAGAAAUUGGCAAUUGCUCACAGACGCUCAGCAACGAUUUUGUCCCGCAAGAAGACCCUUGACAGUGCAGUUAUUUUGAAGCUCCGCAACAAAUUGAAUAAUUUCGGAGUUGAUCCUCACGAUUUGAGCAUCGUCAAGCAAGACGACUGCCGCACCAUAUUGGCCGAGGAUGGUCUGAACAUCAACAUUGAUGAAAAGACUUUCACUGCCCAAUCUGCGGCCGAAGUUGUGAGGAAGGCAGGAGAAAAAAUUGGAGAUGGAAUUGAGACUGUUGCUUCAGGAGCGUCCAAAGUUUACAACAAAGUCAGAGGAAAUAAGGACAAAGACGACCUAAUUGAAAAAGAUGCCGAGUGGCUUCCUUAAUUAUUUAUGUACAAUAAACAAUAACACUCUCAAGAUUAAUGUUAUUUGCAGAUUAAUUACAAUUACAGCCAUAAUAAGGUAUGGCUUAAAAGCUCUGAGGAAAUUUUUUGUGCUUUAAAAAUAAUUUUUUUAAUAACGUCUAAAUGUUCAACUCACUCCAAAAAGUUGGGAAUCAAAAUUAAAAUAAUAAUAUAAUAAUCUACAUAUUUAAGGCAGGAAGUUAAAUAAAUAAAAUAAAGAGUUCAAAACUUAGAA